CUGCACUCGACACCAUUACAGCAUGGACGACAGCAAAGAGCGGGAUUCCCGCAGUAUGUCGCAUGAGUUUGAGGAGUCAGAGAAGGACUUUGACCUUGGGAAGGACAACAGUUCGGGUCGAGGAAAACCGGGCAGGAAGAAAAACCCAGAUUCUGCAGCAGCACGACGUGACCAAAAUCGAAUUGCUCAACGUGAAUUUCGCCUACGCAAGCAACAAAGAAUUCGUGACCUUGAAGCACGCGUGGAGAUAUUGUCGGGAAGCAAAGAUGAGACGUUUAAUGAAUUGCGAAAUGUCGUCAAAGACCUCAUGCAGGAGAAUCAAAAUUUGCGCAACUUGAUUCGCAGCUUAGGAAGCUAUAUUGGUGAUGGCAUGGGCGGUAUUUUGCCUUCAUUGGGUUUUGAGCGCCCACAGGAGUUCGUCGAAUUUAUGAAUCGGGCCGAGACGGACACCGCAUUCGAGGGCUUCCAAAGGCGCAAGAAAGCUGCACAAGCUGCAGCGGCAAAUAGAAGUGCAACAGGCUCGGGCAUCAACGUUGACAUCACAAGAAAGCGGUCAGCCAGCGAAGAUAUGUCAGUUCGAAAGCGCGUCAAGGGAUUGGAUGAACAUGAUCAUUUAGGACUGAAUGGUACAGGACAUGGGAGCAAGGAUUCUGACAGUGUCCGUUAUCCGCCAAUGUCUGUCCCAAUUAGCCCUGCAACUGCAAGCAAUUCAUUCUAUCCAUCCACGGGAAGGUCUACACAUGAGGUUGGCUUGUUUUCUGAGCUACUGCAGGGACAAGGUGGCACUGGGACAGCGUCCUCUAUGUAUAUGACUGGUCCAUCGCCCGAUACUGCAGGUUAUGCUCCUACAACGUCAAGUAUAGCCUCAGGUUCCCAGUAUCCUUCCGCAUUCCACCCUCCAAUCAAUGUCACAUCUGCUCUCAAUUCGCAGCCUUACCUAUCCACCGUAACACCGAACGCGCCCGCGCCAACGCCCUCUUCCACAGCUAGUGAGGGUGCUGAACAGGAAGACGGCAUUGACGACCCCAAACUGCAGGAAGCUACGAAACUCAUAAGCUAUCAUCUGGACAAUUAUAAGCGGAAUAAUGCCUAUUGUCUCCCGCAAUCACUUCGGCCCACUCUUGUUCAACGGACCGUUCCUCAUGAAAGCGUAAUCGAUGGGAUUCCGCAUCCAGAGCUUAGGGAUAGAAUGAUUCUGCUUCGUGGUCGUUUCGAUAUCGUCGAUGCCCUACAUGAGUACGCGAAAUCAUUGACAUUGCACGGUGACGAUGUCCUCGCGCACAACAAUUGGGAGAUUGGAGAAUCAUGGCUGAGACGUUAUGGAUUCCUUGUCGAACAACCUAUCUUGAAUAUCUGCAACCGCUGGCGGCGCGAGCGCGGUGAGUCUGAGCUAUUGCUUACGGACAUUCAACAUGCGGCACCAGAUUUGCCAGCAACAACCUGAAUAUUGGUGUAGUAAUUAUUCGCUGUCCUUUGCUUUCCUUAUCGGUUCUGUAUAAUACUCUUGUUUGCUUGUCUGCUUCUUUCGAUCUCGAAACUGUAAAUUUCCUUGAAUAAUCUGCCAGUCCUAUUUGUAUUCCCGGCUAGGAAGGAUGUUCUUACGUUUCAUCCGUCGUUUACCAUUAAAUAGCAGGUGUUGUAAUAACAAAGUGGGAAAGUGAGAAGCAGCAGCAGAAUCUACCAUGAUGCUUUUUGUACUCCUGGAAGUAGACCCUGGAGAGCCUUCAGACGGAACUGAUGCCUACACAGUCCGAACUCAGAGAUAAUACCUCUCCCUCGUCCACUCUCGACACAUCGGUUUUUCACAAGCGACGGGCGGGUGUACUUGGUAAAUGUGUUGAGCUGGAGUUGCGCUUGAUAUCGGACUUGAGGCGGGAGGCUUUCGUUACGUGCCACGUAAAGGUACGCUCGGCGCACGACUUCGUUGUCCUUGACUCCCUGUCGUGCCCUCAUGUCGCGCACGACGCGAAUAUUCUUCGCGAAUUUUGGC